AUGAGGUCUCGGGUCCCUCUUGUCGCUCUUCUCGCCGUGGGAGUCACUGCCGGGGACUUCAGCAAGAGCUGCAAGGAUGAACACGUUGACCCCACGACUCAGAUACUGACGGCGAACUGCGACGUGGGUGAUGGCAAGGGUACUUUAAGGUCAACUUCUCUCGAUUUAAACAUCUGCUUCGCGUACAUAGGUAAUACAAUCCAGUGGAGCAGCAGAGGGAACUUCGGCCAGACCUGCAACGGCUGCCACGUUUACCGCCUGCCGGACCCCGUCUAUGGCCCGAUCUUCGGGACCACCCGGGCAUGGCUGAACUGCACGUGCAACGGCGCCGUACCGGAGACUUCCAUCGAGCUCGUCAGGCCCAGCCCUGCUGACGUCGUCGUCGCGAACACGUAG